AUAUACAUAACUAUAUACAUGAAUAUACAUUACUAACACACUUUAGAACAAGUUUUAAAUAAUUCCAAUAAUAACCAUUCGCUGAACUAGAACAAUAAGAUCGGUUUUGGAUUUAAAUCAAAAAUUUAGACAUGCAACGCGAUGCCUGGCGCCCACACACGAUAGGUAUGUAAUAUUGCACCGUUCGAAUGCUGUUUUAAUAUUUUUAAGCACACGUUAUAUAAUCAGAGAUUCCUUAAAGCAGCAUAUUGAUCAGCUGGUGCUAAGCUUGCACAGCGCGCUCCCGAUGACGCGACUGCGCGGAGACUCGCGAGCCUCGCGCCGCCGUCCUGUCGGACCUGGAUCCACGGCGAACGACCGCAGGCCCAUGGCUCGCAGCUCGCACUCAUCGCCGGGCUAUCCUGUGAAGAGUCGCCUGCCUGCCUGCCUGCCUGCCCCCGCCCCAGUGUUGCCCCUCCUCGGUUCCGCCUCCGGACGUGCCGCUUGCCCGGCGGUGGAAGCGGAAUUGGGUUGUUGCGGCGCAGUGAGACGUGCAGACGUCGAGGGGCGAGACCGGCUCUGUUCUCGUCCCUGUCAUGGGGCUGUUUGAGCGUGCGAGGCGGCAGUGGUUCCUGCUGGGCAUCGUGCUGGUGAUCACCUUUGCCAAACUGCAGCCUUCCGUGGGGAUGCAUGGAGGGCCAUUGAAACCAGAAAUUACGAUAACUUAUAUUGCCGUUUCAACUAUAUUUUUUAACAGUGGGCUUUCAUUAAAGACUGAGGAGCUGACCAAUGCUCUGAUGCACGUCAAACUUCAUAUGUUUGUACAGACCUUUACGCUUGCAUUUUUCCCAAUGGCUAUUUGGUUUUAUCUUAAGUUAUUAGCUCUGACGUCUAUAAACCCAUGGCUUUUAAAAGGUUUGCAGACUGUUGGUUGUAUGCCGCCUCCAGUGUCAUCUGCUGUAAUCCUUACCAAAGCAGUUGGUGGAAAUGAGGCAGCUGCUAUUUUCAAUUCUGCCUUUGGAAGCUUUCUGGGGAUUGUCAUCACACCAUUAUUACUACUGUUGUUUCUGGGAUCUUCAUCUACAGUGCCAUUUACUUCAAUUUUCUCUCAGUUGUUCAUGACUGUAGUAGUUCCUCUCAUUAUAGGGCAGAUUGCUCGACGAUACAUCAAGGAUUGGCUUGAAAGAAAGAAGCCACCAUUUGGUGCUAUUAGCAGCUGUGUGCUCCUUAUGAUCAUAUAUUCAACAUUUUGUGAUACUUUCUCCAAUCCGAAAAUUGACCUGGAUACCUUUAGCCUUAUAUUAAUUGUUUUUAUAAUAUUUUCCCUUCAGCUGAGUUUCAUGUUUUUAACAUUUUUCAUCUCUACAAGAAAAAAGUCUGGUUUUACACCUGCAGAUACAGUUGCCAUUAUGUUCUGUUCCACACAUAAAUCACUGACUCUUGGAAUCCCAAUGCUGAAGAUAGUAUUUUCAGGUUAUGAACAUUUAUCCCUCAUUUCAGUUCCAUUACUCAUCUAUCAUCCCACCCAGAUUUUACUCGGUGGUCUGUUAGUUGGAACAGUGCAAUCCUGGAUGGUCUCUCGUCAAAAAGCACUGAACCUCUCAAGACAGGUGAAGAUUCCUGUAUAGUAUCAGUUGAAUCUUUUAUUUUGUAUCAGUGUACAUACAAUACUGUGCAAAAGUAUUAGGCACAUGUAAAAAAUAAUCUGUAAAGCCAAGAUGCUUUCAAAAUUAAUAAAAUGAAAAGUUUCCAAAUAUCAAAAACAUACUCUAAAGAGCUGUGAACAGUAAAAAUAAACUUGAUCAAAUCAAUAUUUGGUGUGAUCACCUUUUGCCUUUGAAACUGCAUCACUUUUCUAAGAUACACUGUUGUGCAGUUUUAUAAGAAGUCCGGCUGGUAGGUCAUUCCAAGCACCUUGGAGAACUUGCCACAGUUCUUCUGUAGACUUUGGCUGUGUUUCAUUUGCUUCUUUAUCUCCAAGUAAUCCCAGGUUGAGAUCAGGCCUCAGUGGAGGCCAUACUAUGUGAAACCAUAUAAAAAUCUAGGGUGCCUAAGACUUUUACACAGUACUGUACAUAUAAUGAAAUGUACAGAAGACAAAACAAAUAGAAAAUUAUUAAGUGAACAUUUAUGCUUAAGAAAUUUGCAUAUCUGUUUAAUAUUCAAAAUAUAUGUUAUUAAGUGCCUUAAGAGUACAACUGAAUUUCUCUGUUUGUUUUCUCCAUGCACAAAAAUUGUUGCAUGAAUACAAGAGGAAAAGUCCAGCGAUUUGUACAAAGAAUAUGAAUGAUUUUAAAUGGCAAAAAAUAUUUACAAUCCUCAUGGCAUAAACAACAGAUGGUUACAUUUAUUUUUUCAAAAUGUUGUUUAACUGUCAAAUAUAGAUGGUUUUCUUUAUGUUUAUCCUCAUUUUCUUAAAUAAGUUCAAAUGUUGUAUUAGGCAUUUCCAUUAGCAUUCCCCAUGCCCCUCCCCCAGCAUCAUGGCAUAAAACUGUCUAUAAUGUUUUAAUAUUACGUCCCUCUUUCUAUGUUCAGUUCACCAAGCUUUUUAUCUUUUGUCCUUUGAGAAUUCCUUAGUAUAUCUAAGUGCUGUUCUGGUGGGUAAGGGACAGAAGAUAACUCUGUUAGUGCCUGUUCCCAUUAAAACUGUAGUGUUUGACAUUAAUUGAAUUGAAGAGUAGUGGAUAUAUUUAAUUGUUUUUUUGCCCGGUUGAUGGCUGACGAGGCAAUUAAUGGAAGGCCUCCAAUCAAAUUGCAUCACUGCCCUUAAAUCAAUCAGAUUAACCUAUUCAAAUGAAACAUAAAUAAACACAAAGUAGAUACUAUUGUUUCUCAGUUACUGAAUGUGGAAAAUAUUGAAUAUUCUACAUUCAUUAGUCAUACAGCCUUCUGCAACUCUCUGCUGGAAACCCUCUAGGUGUAUUUAGUAUAAUUCCAAUUUUACAUUUGAUAAACAAAAUUGUGUUUGUUGAUAUUUUGGAGUUAAUGGAGAAUCUGUCUAAUGUCAACAAUCUUGAAAAUUAAAUUAAAUAUUGGUCAGCCUAUUUCUGGAAGCUUCCAUAUCACUUUAUGUUACCAAGUGAGGACCUGCACUGAUUUAUUCUACAUGAACAUUUAGAUAAUCUAAAGUGCUGCGUUACAACCUGAACUAAAAUUAGACUCUUUGGUGGAUUCCUACUACAGAAGUACAACAGUUAAAGGCACAAUUCUUUUGGACAAUUAUAUGUUCAUUUAUUAAAUGUUAACAUGGGGGAUGCAAUUUUUAUUAUUCCAAUAUAAAUUCUCAAGCAUUAUCUUUGAAAUAAUGGGGCCAUUAGUGAGAUGCAAUUAGUGUUAGAGCAAAUUAGAUCAACUCUUCCUUGUAUCUGGUUUUACUUGUGCUUAAGUAUUUGGUUAUCAGGUCUUUGGUUCCAAUGUCCUUUGCCAAGUGGUUUUCCUGGUUUGCUGUUGCUUCUAAACAUCUUCAGUUUGUAUUUUUUUGGGGGAAAAUACAUCCUCAUUGAAAUGCUGUAUUUUCUUGAGAGUUAGGUAACUAUAUAAAGGUUAUUGAUUUUAAGCCAUUACUGUUAAUAUGUUUAAAUCUUAAUGAAUGUCUUGUAGCACAUUAUUGUUAGAACCAAUUUAUUUUGUUGUUCAUUCUGUUUACUUUUUUAUUGCCACAUGGAUUAUUAAUAAAUCAAAAUGAUUC